AUGGUCUCAAUUCUUGCUGUGCUAGUUGCGGCAUAUUCGAGUUCGCUAGUCUGUGAUACAGCUUUUGGAAGUGGUGUGAUAACAAAUGAAAAUGUACCUAUUCCUGCUACUUUUCAAGUCCUUUCAAAUAAUUCGAAUAUCUGCCUUUUAGUACAAUGCAACAUAAACUUGUCUUCAGUCGAUACAAAGAUCCCACAGCCACCUAUUUUCCCUGUGGUUAAUUCUACAAAUCAAGAUGAAUUUACUGCAACAGGUUCUUGCAAUGAGCACAUGGAAACUUUGCAGUUAAUUUGGAAGCAAAAUAAUUCGGAUAGCGAAUGGAAACUCCUAUUUCAGUUUGCUCUAAAUGAUAAAAAUAAUUUCAAUCUAACUCAAAUCAACUUGAGUUAUGAACACAACCAUUCGCAAGCAAUGGCUGAUACACUUUUACUCCUGUUAGUGCCAAAAGCCCUCCCAAAUUCACUGUUGAAACAUUAUGAACAUGAUAGUAAUGUAACUUAA